AUGACGGCGAGGACUAAUAGCUGGUCAGUCCAGAUGCUUUCUGGAGGAGGGCCCGUAUUUUCCUCUGAAUCCACGAUGGGAGCAUCUAUAUUUUCAAGUGAUGGUCGCUACUGUUUUGCAUUUCUUGAAUUUCAGAUAAGGAUUUACUAUGUUCCAACUAGACAGUGCAUUCGAACAAUAGAUAUAAAUAUGGAGAAUAUAAUUGGAGCCGUUAUUGAUCCAUCUGAUGAAAAUAACAUAGUUAUUAUCAAAGAAGAUGGUGACAUUAUUAUAUUAAACUGGAAAGAGAAAAGUAGUGAACCUUUAGUUUCAACGAGAAAGGUUGAAAUACACCAGUCUAUUUUAUCAAUAAUUCUGGUAAAACUAGACGCAAUUUAUGUUAUUUCUGGAAGGAAGUAUAAAAGAGCGGGAAAUCACGCUCAGAAAAGAACUAUAUAUAAAAUUUCAAGAGAUAGUUUAGCCCUAGAAGAGUUAUGUGAAAUAGAAGAGGUUCUCAGGUUUGCUGUUUCAUUGGAUUGCUCUAAGAUUGCAUUUCUCUUGAGUUCAAACGAGAUUGAGUUGGUUGAUAUGACACAAAUUCUUAAAUUCCAGUACGUAGAUCAUAACGAUCACACCCAUCUGAACGGAUCUGCCUUACAUGUUCCCAAAUUAAAUAGAGAAACUAUCCCAUUUCCUUUUAAAUCUCCAGUGACUUCACUUGCUGUGUCAAACUCCUCGGCUAUUGCGAUCGGAACGGCUGCUGGCCCCAUUCAAGUCUUAUAUAGUGGACUAAUUACAGAGAGCACGCAAAGGUUGUUAAAGUGGCAUAUUGAUCAAGUCAAGUCAUUAGAAUUUACCCCAGAUGGUAGCUAUUUACUUUCGGGAGGGUUAGAAAAAGUGUUAGUUCUUUGGCAAUUAGAGACUGGUGAAACUCAAUUUUUACCAAGAUUGAACGGACCAAUUGAAAAGAUUACGAUAGACAAUAAUAAGCCUGACUGCUAUUCUUUGAUGCUAAGAGUAACAUCCGCCAAUUCUUCUUCGAACAUUGAGGACGAUUCGUUCGAAAUCCUUGUCUUAUCUUCCGUUGAUUUGGUUUCUAGGUUGACAGUGAGUGGAGUGAAGCCAUCAUUCGUCAAUCAAGUCAAAGCUACAAUUUCAAAGACUAGAAAAAAAUAUUCAAAGUUCCCAGAUACUUUUGACUGCUCCAAGGUAAGAUAUGACUAUUCUUGUGUCUUUGAGGUUCAUCCGAAGACAAAAGAAUUGUAUUUCCCCAAUGGUGCAUCACUUCAGGCUUACGAUUUAGUGAAAAAUGAGCAAUCUUUUGUACAAAACACGGCACACGUCAUACCUACCGGUAAAGUGAGAUCUGAAAUGAAAAUACCUGACCCUUCUGUUCAUUUUGUUUCCUUUACGGCGGACGGUGGAUGGAUGUGUACCUUUGAUUCAGUAUCCAAUUUCGAGGUGGACAAUUUAUUCUCUAAAGAUGAUAUGCAGUAUACAUUAAAGUUUUGGAAAUACAUUGAUACUCAAUCAACAUCUGAUACGAAUGAUUUAGUGAAUGACAAGGGAGGUUAUUGGGAGCUUGUAACAAAAAUUGUGGAUCCCCAUGGAAAUUCGAGUCCAAUUUUAUCUCUUAAACCUGUUCCGUUGUCGUUCAAUAAUGGUUUGGGUUAUUUAACAGCAGACGAUAAGGGUGGGUUAAGGUUAUGGGUUCCUUUGUUUCCAAAAGAAGUCUACCAAACAGGGAAAGGAAAUAAGCUGCAACAAAUUGCAUGGAGAUUGAGGAAGUCCAAAAUUGGUGGCGUCGUUUCAUCUGAUGCAGUUGACGUUUGUUGGUCUAAUGAUGCUUCGAUCAUAUUCCUUGGACAUGAAUGUUCAAUUAGUAGCAUCAAUGCCUUUACUUUCGAGGAAAUCUCCCCACGUAGGAGUUUGACUGGAUCUAGAAUCAGAUCGCUUUCACUUUUGGACCAUCAUUUGAUUAUUUUAUCAAAGAAUAAUAUUUUGUCAUAUAACGUUUUAAAAGAUGAAGAAGAUGCUUUGGCUGCCAAAUUUAAUACUAAUGUUGGUGCUAGGAACUUGAUAGCUAUAGACCCAAUAAAUAAGCUUGUUUGCUUAAUAGGAAACUACUAUUCGACCAAAAACGAUUCAUUGAUCUUGUCUUCUAAAAUAAUGAUAUUUCAUCCGAAUCAAUUAAAGCCGCUUUUUAUAUAUCAUUAUGAAAAGGGAAUAUCGUCAGUCAGAAGCAUAAAUUCGUCUUUUGUUUUUGUCGACGUGACAGCUCGAGUGGGAUUAAUUGCCGGAAAUGAUGGUUCUGAAUUCAAAAAUGACAUUUCAAGCAUUUUUGUGAAACCUAGCGCAGGAAUUGUUCAUGAAAAUACUACAAAGAGAAAUCUUCAAGUUUCUUCGGAUGAAGCUCUUGAGUCUAAUAAGAUUGUGGAUAUCAAUACUUUCCAACCAGUUUUCGAUAAUAUUGAAGGUGUUCAAAUUGAAACCUUAUUCGAUCGUAUCAUCAAAGUCAUCAAGUAA